AUUAAACAAGACAUUCCGUCACUUUGUGAGACGCAUUGGAUCGCGCAGACCAUCGAUCAUUUCAACGGGAAACGCCCGCCUAGUGGCGAAGAUACCUACCAAAUGCGAUAUUUGGUGUGUGACAAACACAGGAGUGGUCCUGACGGUCCUAUUUUCUUCUACACAGGCAAUGAAGGAGAUGUUAUGCUGUACGUAAACAACUCUGGGCUGAUGUGGGAGAACGCAGAGCAGUUCGGUGCAGUGUUGGUGUUUGCGGAACACAGAUACUAUGGACAAAGCAUACCAGCACCAGCAGAGGAUAGGAGAUACCUGUCUCACGAGCAGGCACUCGCAGACUACACACAUCUCAUUGCGACAUUCAGAGAGGAACACAAUGCUCACAACGCACCCGUCAUUGCGUUCGGUGGUUCGUACGGAGGCAUGCUGAGCGCCUGGUUCAGACUGAAGUAUCCGCAUGUAGUCGACGGGUCAAUCGCCUCCAGCGCUCCCAUCGCCGGUUUUGAGAAAGACUGGGACAGAGGGUCGUACUGGAAG